CUGGCAAUUCCUUGUCUUUCUGCCAACUACUUGCUUUUUCGGGCACUCUUUCAUUAUGUGGAAUCUGAAUGCGAGCUCUGUCAAGGGCGUCUCCGUCAAACUCAUCACCCCGCAGGUGGCAAUUGUUGAAAGCUGCGGCGACUACGGCAAUGUUCUUGCCGGUGAUGUAUCGUGGGACAUUGCGUCAUCUACCCAUAUCAAAUCCAUCGAAGUUGAGGUCUCUGGCCGCUACAGAGCCGAGUGGGUCGAAGGUGUCGGGCCCAGCCGCAUGCAGCACUGUGUCGACAAGCCAGUUUUCCAAGAGACGCAAACACUCGCGCCAUUUCAGCCGGCAACGGGCGUGACCGGCCACAUGCCUGCGGCCCCCGCAUACCAGCUGGAGAAGUCAGCCACCGAUGCAUUAAUGGCACAUGGUCGGUAUUGCCUGCCCUUCCAGCUGCAGCUGCCCGACUGGCUGCCGCCCAGCAUUGCCACCCACGUUGGCCAGAUCGAGUACACGGUUGUGGCUCGGAUCAAGUCGGCUGCGCGCUACAACUCGGUUGUUUCCAGCGACAAGCAGCCGCUGACAAUUGUGCGCCAGCUGGCGAAAUCCGACGAGCUCGAGCGCGCAGCCGUGUACUGGCACAAACUCGAAAGCACUGGCCGUGUGGGUGUGCUGGUGAACUCGCGCACAGCCAGCGUCGGCGAUAACCUGCUGGUCGGCCUGCAGUUUGACAAUAUCGACCGGCGGACAUUCAGCUCAAUUGAUGCGUCUGCCAAACUUGUUGAGACCAUACUAUACAAGUCGCCCUGCGGCCAUCGCAGCAAAUCGGUUACGCGCACCGUCGGCUCAUUUAAUGACAUCGUGGGUGCAGAUCAACUGUCGGUUGAGAAGCUGCGGCUGAGGAUCCCCAACAGCACUAGGGUCGACUGCCAGUCGGCCCAUGUCUCGGUGCGCCAUGUCCUGCAGGUGUCGCUGAAGAUGCGCGAGCACGGAAAGCAGCAGGCAGCUACCGGCGAGUUCACCGCUGACAUUCAGGUUCUGCCUAAUCCAUCCUCCCUGGCGCUGCCAUCGUACACAUCCGUAAACCACGAUAUGCUGAUGUAAGAUACUGCUCCGCAGGUGAUCGUUAGUCUGCUGCCUGCUCCAGACUUCCCACCCCAUAGACUUUCUCCACACAUUGCCAUGCAUAGCCCUUUUACCUGUAAUUAAGCAUAAAACUCAAGCG